ACGUUGUCAAUCCGUCAGCAGCGACUCUGCGGGGGAGGAGGCAGUGAAUUCUGCUGUCACUCUUAUCGACCAAGCCCACCUCCAAAAAAGUCUCCAUCCAUUAAUCCAUUUAUUGCACAAACUCCAUGGAUUCAUAGGUUAUGUGAUAUACUGAUACUCUGAAUCCUGAGUAUCCAUUAAUCCACCACCAAAGUCAUUGCUUAACCAAAAAUCCAACAAAAAGUCCCCAUCUUUGUGCCCAGUUCAUCACUUUUUCCAAAGAGGAUUGACACCUUUGCUGUUUUUUAAUGAAUGAGAUUUGAGAUGUAUGAUAACGUUGUUAUAGCAGACGCGGCCGCAGUUGGUGAUUUGAUGAGAUGGGGUAUUCACUCAGUAGAUUGGCACUAGAAUCUGAUCAUUUUGAUCCUGGAAAUGCUGCCGUCCAUGGAGUCGGUAACGGUCAAACACCCAACAAACCAUUGCAUAAUCUAGAGCAUGAAGUAGCCCAGCUCACAAAGUUGAGGUCAGCUCCCAAUGAGCGGCUUACCCAAAUUGGACCUAGAAGGCGGGACUUGCCCGUUUCCACGGUCAGGAUGCUGGCUGGUCGAGAGGGCAAUUAUUCGGGAAGAGGAGGCAGGUUCUCUUCUGCAGAUCGUUGCCAUGUUCUAAGUAGAUAUUUGCCAGUCAAUGGUCCUUGGCCUGUCGGCCAAAUGUCUAGCCGAGCUUAUGUCUCUCAGUUUUCGGCAGAUGGAUCCCUUUUCAUUGCUGGGUUUCAGGAUAGCCAUAUUAAAAUAUACAAUGUGGAUAGAGAGUGGAAAGUCCAGAAGAACAUUCAUGCCAAAAGUAUGCGAUGGACUGUCACUGAUACGUCUCUUUCCCCGGAUCAACGCCAUCUUGUUUAUGCGAGUAUGUCCCCUAUUGUUCAUAUGGUUGAUGUGGGAUCUUCUGAAGUGGAGUCUCAUGCAAAUAUAACGGAGAUCCACGAGGGUUUGGAUUUUUCCUCUGGUGAUGACGGAGGGUACUCAUUUGGUAUUUUCUCCAUAAAAUUCUCAACAGAUGGACAUGAACUUGUUGCUGGAAGUAGCGAUGAUUCCAUAUAUGUUUAUGAUCUUGAAGCCAAUAUGCUAUCCCUUCGGAUUCCAGCGCACGAGUCUGAUGUGAACACCGUAUGCUUUGCCGAUGAAGGUGGCCAUCUUAUUUAUUCUGGGAGUGAUGAUACUCUCUGUAAGGUAUGGGAUAGACGUUGCUUUAACGCCACAAGGAAGCCAGCAGGAGUCUUGACUGGACACCUAGAAGGUAUUGCAUUCAUUGACAGCAAAGGAGAUGGUCGUUAUUUCAUUUCGAAUGGUAAAGAUCAGACCAUUAAACUUUGGGAUAUCAGGAAAAUGUCUUCUAGUCCCGCUUGCACUCCAGGGGUCAGGAGUUCUGAGUGGGAUUACAGAUGGAUGGACUACCCACCCCAGGCAAAAGAUAAGAAACAUCCGUCUGAUCAAUCAGUAGCUACGUAUAGAGGACAUUCAGUCUUGCGUACGCUUAUUCGCUGCUACUUUUCUCCGGCAUAUAGCACCGGUCAGAAGUACAUAUACACGGGAUCGCAUAACUGUUCUGUGUAUAUAUAUGAUUUGGUUACCGGAGCCCAAGUUGCGACGCUGAAGUAUCAUAAAGCACCGGUGAGGGACUGUAGUUGGCACCCCUAUUACCCGAUGCUCGUAAGCUCUUCUUGGGACGGGAAGGUUGCUAGAUGGGAGAUCCCCGGCAGUGGAGGAGCGCCGGCCUCAUUGUAUUAUUAAUAUCGGAUUUGUAUUCACUAAAUUCACCUGUACAUAAAUAAAUAAAUAACCAUGUACGUGGUAAUUAUAUUGUUCGUCCAAACCAUUCCUAUUUGUACCU